CCCCUGCACACUCUCCGUGCACCCCUUUUCGCGUGCAUCUCAGGUACGCUCCCUGCUGCACUCUCCGUGCACCCCCUUUUCCUUUGCAUCCCUGCUGCGCUCCCCAUUGCUCUCUCAGUGCACCCCCUUUCCCGUACAUCCCCGCUGACCUCUCCGUGCACCCCUUUUCCCGUGCAAUCCCUGGUAUACCCCCCAUUGCUCUCUCUGUGCACCCCCUUUCCCGUGCAUCCCCACGGCGCUCUCCGUGCACCCUCUGCGUGCCUCUCCAGUGCGUUCUCCACGCACGCUCCCCCUGUCCAUCCCCACUGCACGCUCUGUGCACUCCCGGCCAUGAACAGCUCGGCGGUGGGCUCCGAGGUGGGCUGGCAGCCCGAAUCAGUCAUCAUCCCGCUGGUGUACCUCAUCAUCUUCCUCGUGGGCACGGCGGGCAACUGCCUGGUCCUGGCCGUGCUGCUACGGAACGGGCAGGUGAAGAACACCACCAACCUCUUCAUCCUCAAUCUGGGGGUGGCCGACCUCUGCUUCAUCCUCUUCUGCGUCCCUUUCCAAGCCACCAUCUAUACCCUGGAUGGCUGGGUGUUCGGGCCCUUCAUGUGCAAGGCCGUCCACUUCUUCAUCUACCUCACCAUGUAUGCCAGCAGCUUCACCUUGACCACCGUCUCCCUCGACAGGUAUUUGGCCAUACGAUACCCCCUGCACUCAAGGGAGCUGAGGACACCCAGGAACGCCCUCAUGGCCAUCUGCUUCAUCUGGGGGCUUUCCUUCAUCUUCUCAAGUCCUUACCUCAGUUACUACCAGGAAUUCCAGUUGGCCAACCUGACUGUCUGCCACCCCAUCUGGGAGAUCUCCCAGCGCAAGGUCAUGGACAUCUGCACCUUCAUCUUCAGCUACAUCAUCCCAGUGCUGAUCCUGAGCCUCACUUAUGUGCGGACUAUUCACUACCUGUGGAGGUCCGUGGACCCUCUCCAAGACAUGUCAGAGUCCAAGGCGGCCAAGCGGAAGGUCACCAGGAUGAUCAUCAUUGUAGCCGUCCUAUUCUGCCUCUGUUGGCUGCCCCAUCACCUGGUCAUCCUCUGCGUCUGGUUCGGGUACUUCCCCCUCAAUCAUGCUACAUACGUGCUCCGCAUCCUCUCGCAUCUCAUCUCCUACGCCAACUCCUGCGUGAACCCCAUCGUCUACGCUCUGGUCUCCAAACACUUCCGCAAGGGCUUCAAGAAGAUCUUCAGCUGCCUCUUGCACAAGAGGGCAGCCAACAAGGUGCACGUGGCCCAGGUGACAAACACUGUCAGCACGCUGGAGGCAGAGCUCAGUGAGGUGACCCACAUCAGCGAAGCCCUGCCCGGGUGCUCUUCCGUGCGGUGCAAGGUCCCAGCCCAGCCCUGGGAGGAGGCAGAGCUGGUGGGACACCAGCAGAAAGCAGAUGGCUCCUUCAUCACCUUCAAAGUCACCUAGCAGAGCUUCUUCCUAUCCCACAGCUUUGCAGUCUCCUGCAGCAUCGCAGGCCUGGGGAUGGGAUACAUUUUGGGUUGAAAUGCGUCAAAUCGUACCCAUUUUCAUUCAAAUGCACCCAGAUAUCAUAACUGUUAAAGCGAUGCUGCUGACUACAGACUCAGCCAAGCAACUGACCGUGGAUCCAACAGCAGGAUUUGCUUCCACCAAGCACUUGCUGAGAGCAGAGAGAUCAAACCCCCAAAUCAACUCUCAUGUGUAAUCUCACCUGUUCCUCUGUCAGGGACGAACUUACACCCUGUUGCGUCUACACCUGGAGCCUAUUGAAAGCUCUGGUCCCUCCAACCAAUGCAGUGUCUGGCUGGAGUUAGCACGGUGCACUUUUAGGGACGUUUGGGAAGUCUUGGUUUGUUUGUGUCCCAGUUCAGGAGCUGGGUCCCAGGGCAGCACUGUCCACAGCCACGUGGGCACAAACCCAGCUCAGGUAGGAAAAUCUGGGAGAGAAGCGUGGAAAUCAGGAGACAAACCUUCCUCGUGCAGCUGGUGCUGGCUGGGCUUUCAUGUCUCCCUGGGGCUCGUGGCUCAGAGGAGGUUUCCCCAAGAUGGAGCACAGCUGGAAGCAGCAGCUGUAGCUCAGAUGAGCACUGUACUCCAAGUAAGGGACAGCUGAGGGCAUGGGCCACUGCCCUGUGCUGCCUACCAUGGCUCAUCCCCACCAUUUCGGUGCGUGCAAGGCUCUGCAGAGCAUCUGGAGGUCACCAAGGACCAGCAGGGAGGGAGGCUGUUUGCAGGGGGGGCACAGCCAUGGCCCCACAGGAGAGGUUGCGCUGCCAGGGGAAGCAGAGGAGGACAUCAGUGGGUCAGCGCUGGGGGAGGAUUUUAAUGCUUUCAGACAGCUUGGGCAUGGCUCAGCAUCUCAGCCCAGGGGAAGUGGUUGUGGAGAAGCGCAAAGCAGGGCAUGGGCACUGCUUUCCUGCAGCCGCGG